AAGGGCGCACCUCCGGGAGAGCGCGGUUCAGUCCAGACGCAAUGACCCCGCCCCGCGCCCCGCCUGCGGCCUCUGUGGCCCAGCGGCCAGGAAGGCCGGGCUUCCGCCCUCCACGUUGUUGUUCCCGACUCGGACCACGCCCCCUUGGUCUGGGUAGUGGACGUUUCGCUUUGACCGCCGUCCUCCUGGCCCCAGAGCAAAGGUGGCUUCUUGCAGUAGCAGAAUGGUAGCACCAGACACGCGUGGACAAAGACAAGACUUUAGAGGAAGAGAAAGACUUGCUCUUAAAUAGCAGGACAGAUUUCGUCGUGAAUGACCCGAGCACGCACCCCUUGCUCAACUUGUGGCUGGCAACCGGGGCGGAGCGAGGAGAAAAAGCGGAAAUACAGUUCGCAAACCCAGCUUCAUCUUCUCUUACCCCCCCGCCUCAGGACACGUGUGCGCGCGCCGUCUAUAGUGGGCGGGACCAGCCCGCGCGCGACCCCGCCCUCCCUUCGUGAGACGCCGCGGCCCUGCGGGCGGGGGCUCCGGUCCGGGCUUUGGCUGCGGCCCCGGUGUAGUAGCGGGGGCGGCGGCCGGGGGCAGCGCGGCUCCUUCCCUUGUUGUGUGUGUCGGUGCCUCCUCGCCAUCUUGUUGCAAAGCCUUUUCUUGUCGGCGGGACUCCCGAGGGCCGCGGGGCGGGAGGCAUCAGAAAGGAGGAAGAGAGGGAGGGGAAGGAGGGAGGCAGUGCCGCCUUUUUUUUUUUUUUUUUUGCAUCAAAAAUUUUCAAUUUGCAAAUUUACAUUUUGCAAAUAUUUUGGGAGACAUUGAUUUUUCUCCCUGUGCUCCCCCGUUCUUUCCUGAGGAGUGCGCUGCGCCGCCCAGCCCUGUCGCCCCCCGGAGGUGAUCCCUUCCUCCUGCCCGCCCGCCAGCCUGACCUGUUCCUGGCUCGCGGGCCGCAGACUUGGCCCCGGCGCGCCCCCGGCCGCUCUCGGCGCGAUGAGCAUAGAGACGCUACUGGAGGCGGCCCGCUUCCUGGAAUGGCAAGCGCAGCAACAACAGAGAGCACGUGAGGAGCAGGAGCGGCUUCGCUUGGAGCGGGAGCGGGAGCAGGAGCAGAAGAAGGCCAGUAGCCUGGCCAGGCUGGCACAUGCCCUACCUGUGGAAGAACCCCGCAUCGAGGCACCACCCCUACCCCUGUCCCCACCAGCACCCCCACCAGCACCUCCACCACCACUUGCCACCCCUACCCCAUUGACUGUCAUUCCUAUUCCAGUAGUGACCAACUCUGCCCAGCCACUGCCCCCGCCCCCACCACUGCCCCCUGCAGCCCAGCCUCUACCCCUGGCGCCACGUCAGCCAGCCCUGGUCAGUACCCCUGGACUUAGCAUUAAGGAGCCUGCCCCCUUGCCUGCUCGGCCACAGUUGCCCACCCCUGCUCCCCUACUGCCAGACUCGAAGACCACUGUUGCACCCACUGGCAGCCCCAAGCCUCUGCAACCCCUCCCCACACCCAUCCUGACCAUAGCACCGCAUCCUGGAGUCCAGCCUCAGCUGGCCCCCCAGCAGCCACCCCCACCCACUCUUGGGACCCUGAAGUUGGCACCAGCUGAAGAAGCCAAAUCCAGUGAACAGAAGAAGAGGCCUGGGGGGAUCGGAACCAGAGAAGUCCACAACAAAUUGGAGAAAAACAGGAGGGCCCAUCUGAAGGAAUGCUUUGAGACCCUGAAGCGCAACAUCCCCAAUGUGGAUGACAAGAAGACGUCGAAUCUGAGCGUACUGCGGACGGCGCUGCGGUACAUCCAGUCCCUGAAGAGGAAGGAGAAGGAGUAUGAGCACGAGAUGGAGCGACUGGCACGGGAAAAGAUCGCCACACAGCAGCGGCUGGCAGAGCUCAAGCAUGAGCUGAGCCAGUGGAUGGACGUGCUGGAGAUUGACCGAGUGCUCCGGCAGACUGGCCAGCCUGAGGACGACCAGGCCUCCACCUCCACAGCCUCUGAAGGUGAGGACAACAUAGACGAGGAGAUGGAGGAGGACCGGGCAGGCCUGGGCCCACCUAAGCUGAGCCAUCGUCCCCAGCCGGAGCUGCUGAAGUCCACGCUGCCACCCCCCAGCACCACCCCUGCACCUUUGCCACCCCACUCCCACCCCCAUCCCCACCCAGUGGCCCUAUCUCCUGCCCACCUCCCUGUGCAGCAGCCACCGCCACAGCAGAAAACCCCUCUGCCAGCACCUCCUCCUCCACCAGCCACCCCUGCCCAGGCACUGGUGCCAGCUCCGGCCCAUCUGGUGGCCACAGCUGGAGGUGGCUCCACAGUCAUUGCCCACACGGCCACCACCCACGCCUCAGUCAUCCAGACUGUGAACCAUGUUCUACAGGGGCCUGGCGGCAAGCACAUAGCCCAUAUCGCCCCCUCGGCCCCCAGCCCUGCUGUGCAGCUGGCACCUGCCACGCCUCCCAUUGGCCACAUCACAGUGCACCCUGCCACCCUUAACCAUGUGGCCCACCUCGGCUCCCAGCUGCCCUUGUACCCACAGCCAGUGGCAGUGAGCCAGCCCGUGGCGGUGAGCCAUAUCGCCCACACCCUUUCACACCAGCAAGUGAAUGGCACAGCCGGGCUGGGGCCCCCAGCCACUGUCAUGGCAAAGCCAGCCGUGGGGGCCCAGGUAGUGCACCACCCCCAGCUAGUGGGCCAGACAGUGCUCAAUCCUGUGACCAUGGUCACCAUGCCCUCUUUCCCUGUCAGCACACUCAAGCUGGCUUGAGGAUGAGGCCACUCAGAGGCCCCCAGUGGGGGCAGGGAGGGGGACCUGUCCCCCCUCUCCUACCCACCAGCUCCACACAUUCCAGCCAGGCCAGGCCCGUCCCACCCACACCACCCCCAGGCCUCCUAGGGGAAGGGGGUGCACAGACUCUGAGCCAGGGAGGGACCCCCCCAUGGGGCAGGGCAGGGGCUUUCCCUGCUUCACUAGGACUUGAUACAGUGACUGAUGAGGAUGCUGUAGUGGGCAUGCACCUGUCCAGCCUGGUGCCAGCUCCAAUGCCACUCCUGCCUCCCCACCCUGUCCCUUGAAAUCAGUGUGAUGUGGUCUCCUUGCUCUCUGGCUUCUUCCCCUGCCCGCCUUCCUGUGCUGCUGCUACUAUUGCUCUGGUGAGGUGGCUGAAUGCCCUAGCCUCCCCUUCCUGACCUCCCUUCCCUAGCCUCAGUGUCCACCUCUAGGGCCUUUGGAGGGGAAAGAGGGAGACAGAACUGAAGCCACUUAGCCCUAAAAGCUGGAGAUGGUGGUAAGGGGCCCUGUUCUGAGUAUAUGUGACAGAUCCUAGAAGUGGCUGGUCUGGAGACUGGCCGGACAGGUGGGUGUCUGGGCCUGGGGCUUUCUGACCCACUGGGAGUCACUGAUUCCUUCCAGUAGAAAUGGUUUAAAACGAUUUUCUACCAACAAUAAACAAACCCCAAGCUGUUGCCAAGCUUCCCCACUCCUGCCACUGGUCUCUUGACCUCCAAAGGGCAGGCUGAGAUUGGGGCUGGGGAAGGCGGGACUUGGCUAUUCUGCCUCCCACUAGUGUCCCUGCAGCCUGGGCCUGGCCUGGGAGAAGAGCUACUCUGGAGCUCUAUCCCCAUCCUUGGUCUUGGCAUUUGACGUUCUGAAGUUCAGAAGGCGCGCUCUGGCAUUCACACCCCCCGCCCUGUUCUGUAAUCUGCCCAGUGCGGUGCACUCACCCAAGGGAUGGAGGGACACCUCUGUGGGUUUGGGUGCCUCCUGCAGCAUGGGUGAUACCAGCAGCUGGUCUUGGUUCCAGGAGCUUAGAAGCCCCAUUGUUGAGGCAUCAGGAAAUUAGAAUACAGGGGGUUAGCCAAAACCCUGAACCCCUCACCAAACAGGCCCUGGGGACCUAGAGAGAAGAGCUGGGGGUGAGUGACCAUGGAGGAGUGCUGCUUUUGCCCUCUUUCUCUGGACGACCUCAUCUCUCCAGGGAUAGUUUUGAGGCCCCUCCCUGGUGGCUACUGCAAUGUGCCACCACCUUUUGCUGUGGAAAGGGCCUUAUAAUUAGGCAGGACAGGGCUGAGCUUGGGAUUGGGAGGAAUAACAGUCCUGUGCUAGGGGAUGCUGCACCCCUGAUACUAUCAUGGCCAACUGCUUUGGCUUCUCUUUUUAUGUGGAUAUUUAUUACAAGUGGCCUUGUGUCAGACACUCAGUUACACGCACAUGUGCACAUUCAGCUCUCCACUGGACACAUCACCAAUGGCCUUUGCGUGUGGGAGAGGAAACAAGUGUCCCUAGGUGUUAAGUUUGCACUGGGGGCCUGGCAGACAAGGGAACAAGGGAAAGCUUGGGAUCUUCCUGGAGUGCCCAGGAGUUCACUGAGGAGGCCAGCAAAGGUCUUAAGUAGAUUCUCCCUUGAAAUAAAGACUCCUUAGAUGCCUGAGGACUCCCUUCCAGUUCCUGGCCUUGGAGACUGGGUUUUUCUUAUUCCCAUUUGUCUUCUGGGAUGGGGAAAGGGUGGCUAGGCUAGGACCAGGUCUCCACCCUCAGGCCUGUGGGAGGGAGCCCACCCUCCCCACCCAGCACAGCAAUUCCACCCUACAGGCUGGCUGUCUUCCUGCAGCUGUAGCCACCUCCACCAACACCCUGGCUCUGAGGGGCCGGUUUCACUCUCCAUGGUGACAAUGAAAGAGCAGAGUCUGGUGCUGGCACAGUCAGAGCACUUUGGUGAACUUGCCAGCCCCCAUUUUCCCUGUAUCCUGAAGCCAGUUCGAGUUCAAACUCCUGUUGGCCAGUCGCCCUUGGGGCCUGCAGAUACCUCAUCAUCCACCCGCUCUACCCCCUCCCAACCCCCCAGUAGGGGGUCCUCCAAAUCUAGUGCCGAAUGACUAUGUCCAGAUUGGUGAUGAUGGGUGUUGUUGCUGUUGUUUUUUGUUGUCGUUUGUGAAUGCUGUGAUGCCGUGUGCCCGAGUGGGCAGCCACCUCCAGGCCCUUUCUUGGGCAUCACCCCUCUGAGAGCUGUUAGGACCAUAUCUGUCCUCACCCGUGGGACCGCCUGGCCCUUCCCCCCCAGCCCUUCCAGCCUGGGACACAUACACACACAUCUUACCUCUCAUGCGUGUUUUACCUUUGAUGUUAGGAGUGGCUCACUGGCUGGGAGUCUUUACCUCGGGGAGAAGGGGAGAGUGGUUCUUUGGGGCCAAAGAAGGGCAGGGAAUGCCUGGAGGGUAGUUGGGUCACCAUACCCCUGCUCUCUGGGAACAGCUGCUUCCCCUCCAACCCAGGGUCCCACCCCCAAUCCCCAAAGAGGUGGCCCUUGUUUACAGUGAGGACUCGGUCACUGUGUCUCCGUUUCCUGAAAUAUAAACUGUAGCGACCCCAGACUGUAGAGAUUUUUAUGUGUUUGGAUACAUCUGCUGUGUGGGAAAAAAAAAAA